UUUCCAUUAUUCCUCUGCUGAUAUCUGACGCUCAGCGGACGCGCACACCGGCUGAACACCGAACGAACCGCUGUAGGGGGCAUUUAAACGCGAGUCACUUUUGUGUUUUUUAUCCAUUGCUUUACUUAUUGUAUGCAACCAGCGCGAUUCGUCCGUGUUAUUCGCUCCCGUGAGCCCAAGGACAUAGACUGAGCAUAGUGUAUGACAAGAAUAUCACCUGAGGAAUACAAUAAGGGACUGCAUUUAAAAGAGGAUCUUUUCCGAUAACGCAGGAAUACCGUGACUGCGGUGUCACAUUCAGACCGUAUAUUCCGCUAGUUUUCUCCAGUCAUAAUGCCGAGUAUACGACAGUCGUACACGGUCACUGUCCCGGAGGAGCCGCCGGCGUCAGCUUUCCCCUUCAUCAAGCAGGAUAUGCGCAGAAAAAGUCCGACGAUGUCUCGCUCUAUGCUGGUGUCCACAUUUGUGGGGCUUCUCAUUAACCAGGCUAAGAACUCAAAGAAUGCUCAGGGUCUGGUGGGCCUCAGGAAUCUGGGAAAUACUUGUUUCAUGAACUCCAUUCUGCAGUGUCUGAGCAACACUCAUGACCUGAGGGACUACUGUCUGCGUAACACGCACCGCACCGACCUCAACAACAACUGCAGGGCCAAAGCUGCGCUGAUGGAGGAGUUUGCCAAGCUCACUCAGACUCUUUGGACAUCAGCUAGCAGUGAGGCCAUCAGCCCUUCUGACUUCAAAAUGCAGAUUCAGAAAUAUGCCCCUCGCUUUGUUGGCUACAAUCAGCAGGAUGCUCAGGAGUUCUUGCGGUUUCUGUUGGACGGGCUUCAUAAUGAAGUAAACAGAGUGACUGUGAAACCCAGAUCCCCUAUGGAGGACUUUGAUCACCUCUCGGACGACGAAAAAGGCAAGAGAAUGUGGAACAAGUACCUGGAGAGCGAGGACAGCAAAGUAGUCGAUCUGUUUGUUGGUCAGCUGAAAAGCUCUCUGACGUGCAGCGAGUGUGGCUUCUGCUCGACUGUGUUUGAUCCAUUCUGGGAUCUGUCCCUGCCUAUCACUAAGACAUCAGGAGAAGUAAGUUUGAUGGAUUGCCUUCGACUUUUCACCAAGGAAGAUGUACUAGAUGGAAAUGAGAGACCAACAUGCCACAGAUGUAAAACCAGAAGGAAAUGCACGAAGAAAUUUACCAUUCAGAAAUUUCCUAAAAUCUUGGUGCUUCAUCUGAAGCGUUUCUCUGAGUGUCGAGUCAGAACCAGCAAACUCUCCACCUUUGUAAACUUCCCCCUCAAAGAGCUGGACCUCAGGGAAUUUGCCUCUGAUAACAGCGCAAAUGCAGUUUAUAAUCUGUAUGCUGUGUCCAAUCACACCGGUACAUCUUUGGGUGGCCAUUACACAGCGUACUGCCGCAAUCCCUGCACAGGAGAAUGGUACACGUACAACGACUCCAGGGUGAGCCCCAUGUCAUCCAGCCAGGUGCGCAGCAGCGACGCAUAUGUGCUGUUUUACGAAUCUGCGACCUCUUCGCGCAUGUGAUUAAGCCUGAAAUGGACAAGCCUUGGAUAAAUGAAACCCUUUUGCUGCUGUUGAACUAAAUCUUGGUCAGGGUCUACAUGCUUGAAGGACCAUGGGACUUUAUCCCAGGCCUUUUAACCAAGGCCAAAAACAUACCGGAACCGAAUAAUGGUCGUGGUCUAUGAAGUGGAAUGAAGCCUGGGAUGAAAGUUUAAUCCAAGCCCAGAAUGAGCUUCACCGUAAGGGCUCCUCCGUCCAUCACUCCCCUUGAAAGAGGCUGCUGCACUGGGGAUGGAUUUAACAAACUGAAAUGGACAAAGACAGACAGAGGAACAUGAACUACUACCUCUCUCGAAUGAGCAGGACUGUGUGCGUGUGUAUUUGUGUGUGUACGAGUCAGUCUCCGGACUGAUACUGUAGGACUCUAUGCACUGUGUAACCGGAGCCGUCCGGCUCUACAGACAGUCAGCACGACUCAAACAAUCCCCAUCCCUUACUUAAUUUAUUAACAUGAGUUCAAUGUUUAACUUAAUUUCAAGCUAAUUGCUACUAAUUUAAAUAAGAGGUCAUCUUGCUGAGGGACCAUGUAGGUCAACUGUGUAAAUGAUGCUUGGAUUGUUCAGUGGAUUGUUUACUAUUUCGAACAGAUAUGUUCCUUCGAGAUAUGUCUCCGCUUUGCUUGAUUUGCUGAUUUUCAACAGAAUAUGCACAUGGGAAGGGCUUAGUUUUACGCUGAUGCAUGACUGUGCCCCUUCCAAAAACUCUCACCAUUACAGAGAAGAUUGUAUGACUGCCCCCUGGUGGCCGGGAGUUGUAAAACCCAAAAGAAAACCUGGACCCUUUUCACAGAGCAGAAUGAUGCGUUUCCAGUGUUUUAUCACCAUGAAGCCAACACAGAGUUCUUCUGACCAGCUUUGGAAAGUCACGGAAAUGCUAACAUGGAUUUUUUUUCUUUUGCUACUGGAGCUGUGAAAAGGGUCCAUCUCCAGGAGAAUAUGAAGUAUUCCAUCUUUAGGCAUUUGCUGACUCAAUGUGUUCCUCCAGGGGCAAUACAAGAUAUGAAAGAGGCCUUAAUAUGUUUUUCUCAUUCUGUCAGGGACUACAAUAUUCAGUUUCAUUUGAGAAUGAGUCUUCAUCAAAUAAGAAGCCACCAGGAGGGUGUAUGUAUGUAUGUGUGUGCGUGCGCCUUUAUGUAUUAUUUCUCUAUUUAUGAUGUGAA